AUGAGUGAAGACGCGUGCAGGACAACCCACCCACAUCACAUGAUUCGACGAACCGUUCAACCCAACCAUGGUCUGACACGAAACCAACCACCCAGUUAACAUACCCAAACCCCUCCCCUCCUUCAAUCAUACCUUUUUCUUUGUUUUAGCCCAACCACCCCUCACCCCUCACCCCUCACCCCCCACCCCCCAUGGCUUCUGACCAGCACCACCCUGUCUACAACGACGAAGACCUCGAGGCCGACGACGACGAAGAAAGCCUCGACCGCCCGCCCACCGUUCUCGACGAAGAAGACGACGACGAGGAGGACGUCGAGGAUGAUUCCACUUCCUCCUCCAACCUCGCCGCUCCCGAUCCUCUCCGCCCCGCUCCUCCUGCCGCGGUCAUGCCUUCUUCCGCUGACGUCACCAUCGCCGUGGCCAGCGUGCGCGCCGAUCCGAUCCAGCUGAAUUCCAAGCGCCACCUCGACAACAUUACCGUAGCGGCGGCGACUACUGUGUCCGUCGUCGAGGACAAGAAGCCGUCUGCGGCGUUCGACGAUUCGCGGAAGCUGUUUCAGCGGCUGUGGACGGACGAGGACGAGAUCGAAUUGCUGCAAGGGUUCCUGGAGUACACGGCGCAGCGUGGGGCCACCAAUUCCUCCCACCACCACGAUACGACGGCGUUCUACGACCAGAUCAAGAACAAGCUGCAGCUGGAAUUCAACAAGAACCAGCUCGUCGAGAAGCUCCGGCGGUUGAAGAAGAAGUACCGUAACGUCGUGAGCAAGAUCGGCGGUGGGAAAGAGUACGUCUUCAAAAGCGCUCACGAUCAGGCUACCUUCGAGAUCUCUAGCAAGAUCUGGAGCAACUGCGGCUCCGCUAUCCGCGGUGGGCCUGUAGGGCCCACCGCCGUCGUCGACGACGCCGGAUAUGAAGAUGAAUAUGCAAACCCUAACCCUAACCAAAUUCCCAAUUUCAUUGACCAUAGCCCUAAUCCAAACUCCAAUUCUGUCGAUAUGAAAACACCUCGAUCAAGGAAACGAUCGAGGGCUGGUGCAGCAGUGAAAGUGGAAGAAAAGCAAGGAUUAAUUCAACACCACUAUCAGCCACCACCCCCCAGUGCUAAUGUAGCCACACCUAUACCCAACACCACCACCGCGGCUGCGGCCACGGCUCAGACUGCUGUCAUGGCUACCCCGAUACCGAGUUUGAUUGAGGAAACAGUGAAGAGUUGUCUGUCUCCUGUAUUCAAAGAGUUACUGAACAAUGUGACACAUUUGAAUGGUGGAUCGAAAGGGUUCGGGUUGGGAUUGGCACUGAGUCCAAUCCCAUUGGGUUUCGGUGGAGGGCCUUUGGGUGCAGAAAUAAUGGCGGAUGAGAAGUGGAGGAAGCAACAAAUACUAGAGUUGGAGGUUUAUUCCAAGAGAUUAGCUUUGGUACAGGAUCAAAUAAAGGCACAAUUGGAGGAGCUGAGAUCAAUGGGAAGCUGAUGAUGGAGAAAAAGGUGUAUUUUUAAUUAAUAAUUAUGUUAGGUCGAAAACUUUUCCAUUGUUGACAAUGGCUGAUAGAUUUAGAAGGGGCACUCUGAAAUGUGUUUAGAUAUUAAUAUGGUUGUUAAAUAAUGAGUUUAAUUUGCUAUUUGGUAACUUGUUUGAAAUAUUCACAACUUUGUGCAGAUAGUUGCUUGACAUGUAUAUGGGAAUGAAUUUACAGAUAAUGUAAAUGAGUUCCUAAUUAUGAUGCCAAUACAUUUUUCUCUCUUUUCUAUCAAGUAUCAUGUUUGAUUUUUUCA